AUGGCCGGGCGAGCAAAGUACUGGGCCUCCGAGUCCUCAUCCUCGAGCGGCUCCGAGACCGAGUCUGAGGAGAUCGUUGUCAAGAAGACGAUCCAGAAGAAGAAGAAGGUCGUCCAGGCGAUCUACACUGAUGACGAAUCUGAGGACGAAGGACGCGUUGUCCGAAACUUGAAGGAUCGACGAUUCGAUGAGCUUUCUGAGCAUAUUAAAAAGGCCCGAAACAUGCGAAAGAUCAACGAUUUCUCCGCUCUUCUAAAUACGUUCAAAGACUACCACACAACUCUUUCUAAAACUGCGAAAGUUAUCGAAAAGGAAGGUCUCCCGCGAUUCUACAUCAAGGAACUUGUCGAGCUUGACGACUACAUCAACGCCAAGUGGGACGACAAGGACUUCAAAAAGAAGCUCUCCAAGCAGGGUUCGAAAGGUCUUACUACUCUUCGACAGCGUCUUCGAAAGUACUUCGCCGAGGAGCCGAAAACCGCCGAGGAGCUGACCAAGUACCGAGAGAACCCCGACGCUUCCGAGGAAGAAGAAGAGGUAGAUGCUGCCAGCUCUGCCUCUGAUGAAUCCGACGACUCAAUGAGCGGCACUUCGGACGAGAGCGAUGAUGACCUCUCUGACUCUGGAUCCGAACUCUCUGGCUCGUCUGAUGAAAGCGAAAGUGACUCAGACAGUGACUUCGACUCAGACAUCGGUGACGAUCCAGACAACGAGUUUGCCCGAUACACGAUUGAGUAUUUCCUCAAGAAGGACAAGACCUCUUCAAAGGCCGACAAAAAGGUCCGAAAAGAAAAGAAGAAGCGAGAACAGAAAGAACACAAGGAAGAAGAAGAUGAUGACUGGACUGCCGUCGACCCUGGAACUGUUGGUAAAGGUGAUCUCAAGAUUCUGCUCACUGGCGAAGUCCAAAUCUUCCCCAAGGAUGUCGAAAUUAAUGCCAAGAAUGUCGUCCAAAAGUUGGCCGAAAUCACUGCUAUGCGAACUCCAAAAGAAGCUGAUCGUCAGAACAAGAUUCUCUUCUAUAAGAAGCUCCGAGAAAUGGCGAUCGAGGCGAAGACAGGCCUCGGUUUAGAAAUCAAAAUUCGCUUGAGCACCAUCUCCGCUUGCUACGACUACAAUCCGAAGCACAAGGAUUACAUGAGCGACGAAUCUUUCGCCAACGCGCUUAGCGAGACUUUGGAACUCGUCCAGAUUCUCAACAAGAACCACGAGACCCUCAUCCUCAGCGAUAACGUUCAAGACGACGAAGAGAGCUUGACUGAUCAGCCAAACGAAGAUGGCAAGUGGCACUGCCGAGGCUCACUUGUCCACACUUGCACCAAGUUGGACACUGAGUACUCCAAGCUUCUCCAGAACUCUGACCAGCACUCCGAAGAGUACCGAAUGCGAUUGUCGAACAACUGCAAGAUCAUGCAGAUCUUCAACGAAGGAACUGACUGGGCACUUCUUCAGGCCGAUAAACAGCAGAUCUGCCAGAUGUAUCUCCUCAAGAUCAAGUACAUCUACUACCGACACGACUCACAAAAGGGCGCUGAAGGAAGCCAGGAGCUUAUUGAAAAGUUCUGCAAGUACAUCUACACCAACGAUGAGACGCAGCGAAUCCGAACGCAGGCAAUCCUUUACAAUAUCUACAACCUUGCCCUUCACGACAAAUGGUUCCAGGCUCGCGAUUUGAUGCUCAUGAGCCACUUGCAGGAGUCUAUUCACAACGCUGAUAUCGGAACUCAAAUCAUCUACAACCGAACAAUGGUGCAACUCGGUCUCUGUGCUUUCCGAAUGGGACAAAUGGAAGAUGCUCAUCAAGCACUUACUGAUAUUCAGUCUGGAAACCGAUCUCGAGAACUCCUUGCCCAAGGUUUCUCCAUGGCCCGAGAACGAACUCAAGAGCAAGAAAAGACCGAACGACGACGAAUGCAACCUUACCACACUCAUAUCAACACCGAGCUUCUUGAGUGUGUCUACCUUGUCUCUGCCAUGUUCCUUGAAAUCCCAUACAUGGCCGAGAAGGAGUUCGAUAGCCGAAGACGAAUGAUCUCGAAGCAGUUCCACUACCAGCUCCGUAACUCUGAGAAGCAGGCAUUUGUCGGACCUCCAGAUAACAUGCGAGAGCACGUUCUUGCCGCAGCAAAGGCACUCAAGGUCGGUGACUGGAAGAAGUGCAUCAAGUACCUUAUCAACCCCAAGAUGAACCAGAAGGUCUGGAACCUCUUCGCCGAAACUGAUAAGGUCAAAGACAUGCUGCAGAAGUACGCUAAGACUCAAUCGCUCCGAGUCUAUCUCUUCUCGUACUCUCAGUUCUACGACAACAUCUCAAUCGACUGGAUCACUGAGAACUUUGACAUGUCUUCCUCUGAAGUGCAAUCUGCUGUCUCCAAGAUGAUGAUCAACGAAGAACUCAAGGCAUCCUGGGACGAGCCAUCUCGAUCCCUUGUGCUUCACAAGACUGAACCAACUCGACUCCAGAACCUCGCUCUCCAACUUGCUUCGCGGCUCAAUCAGUUGACUGAAAGCAACGAGCGUCUCUGUGAAUCUAAGCAGGGAUCGAACUUCACCGCCUUCUACCAAUCCAACCGCAUGAGAGACUGGUCUCGAAACAACAACCGUCGGUUUUGA